AUGGACAAAACUAUUGAAAAGAUUUUAGAAGGAAAUAAUACAAAUAAAAUAGAAGAGCUUAAAGAACUGUCUAAUCAAGGAGAAGUACUAAGUCUAUUAUAUAAAAUGAAAGAGUAUGAAUUUUUUAAAAAUAUAUUAAAUGAAUGCACAAAAGAAGAAAUUGAAAAUUAUCAAGAAAUGGUAGUUAUCAAUAUUUGUUCAUAUCCAAUUAAUGACAAUGAAUUAGAAAAGUUCUUUGAAUUAAUAAUAAAUAAAGAAAUUGAAAUUGAAACCAUUAUAAGAAACAUUCAAAUUGGAAGUUAUAAAAACAAAAAAGGAAAAGAACAACAUAUUCAAAUUUUAAAAAUUUUUCAUCGUUCUUAUAACAAUUACUUAAAUAAAGCUCAAUUAUUUCAUCUUCAUUUUAAUGAACUUAAUAGCGUUAUUACCACACCUCCAAAACCUGGAUUUAGUCAAAUUCAAAGUUAUCCUACUGUCACAGUUAAAGGAACAUGUUUAAUUUGUAAAAACACUCUUUUCGAUGGUCAACCAGUGACAAUUUAUCCAUGUGGUCAUGGAAUACAUUCUGCGUGUAGUGAUUAUAUUAAUGACACUUCAUUAGUAUGUCGUUAUUGUGUAGCAUUGUCAUCAUCUCCUCUAAUUUAA